AUGUCGACUGACAAGAUUACGUUCCUCACCAACUGGCACGCUACGCCAUACCACGCACCGCUGUACCUGGCCCAGGCAAAGGGCUACUUCAAGGAUGAAGGCAUCAAGGUCGCCAUCCUCGAGCCCAAUGACCCGAGUGAUGUUACGGAGAUCAUUGGCACGGAGAAAAUCGAUCUGGGCUUCAAAGCAAUGAUUCAUACUCUUGCCGCCAAGGCCCGCAACUUCCCCGUGCUCUCCAUCGGCAGUCUUCUCGACGAGCCCUUCACCGGGGUCGUGUACCUCAAAGAAUCCGGCAUCACCCCGGACUUCCGCACGCUCAAGGGCAAGCGUAUCGGCUACGUGGGCGAGUUCGGCAAGAUCCAGAUCGACGAGCUGACGUCGCACUACGGCAUGGCCCCCUCCGACUACACGGCCGUGCGCUGCGGCAUGAACGUGUCCAAGGCCAUCAUCAAGGGCGAGAUCGACGCGGGCAUCGGGCUCGAGAACGUGCAGAUGGUGGAGCUCGAGGAGUGGCUGGCCUCGCAGAACCGGCCCAAGGCGGACGUGCAGAUGCUGCGCAUCGACGAGCUCGCCGAGCUGGGCUGCUGCUGCUUCUGCUCCAUCCUGUACAUCGGCAACGAGAAAUUCAUCCGCGAGAACCCGGACAAGGUCCGCGCCUUUUUGCGCGCCGUCAAGCGCGCCACCGACUUUGUCCUGGCCGAGCCCGAGCAGGCCUGGGCCGAGUACGUCGACUUCAAGCCCGUCAUGGGCACGGCGCUCAACCGCAAGAUAUUUGAGCGCAGCUACGCCUACUUCUCCAGGGACCUGAAGAACGUUCGCCGUGACUGGGACAAGGUCACAAAGUAUGGCAAGCGCUUAGGCGUCCUGGCUGCGGAUUUCGAGCCCAACUACACCAACGAGUUCCUGGACUGGUCCCUGGCUCCGGACUCCAAGGACCCAACGGGUGACCAGAAGAGAAUGGCCCAGCUGCAGAAGGACGUUGCGGCCAAUGGCGGCUUCCAGCGUCUCGUGGAGGCCACUGCUGAGGUCAGGGGCUAA